AUGGGCAAGAAGAGAGUUCUCAUCAGCUACGGUGUAGACGUCGAUGCUGUCGCUGGUUGGCUCGGAUCAUAUGGCGGCGAGGACUCGACGAGCGAUAUCAGUAGAGGAAUUUUUGCCGGUACGAUUGGAGUCCAGCGCCUCUUGAAGCUUUUCAAAAAGUAUGACAUGAAGACAACAUGGUUCAUUCCGGGCCAUUCCUUAGAGACGUUCCCUGAGGACAUGGCUGCAGUGCGCGAUGCCGGCCACGAGAUUGGACUUCAUGGAUAUUCACACGAAAACCCGAAGGAUAUGACGAUUGAACAGCAGAGGGACGUAUUGGACAAGACUUACCGCAUGCUGACGGAGUUUGUCGGCAAGCCGCCGAAAGGCAGCGUUGCCCCGUGGUGGGAAUGUAGCAAGGAGGGUGGCCAGCUUCUCUUAGACUAUGGAAUAUUAUACGACCACUCUUUCUCGCAUCACGACUCGCAGGCCUAUUACCUACGAACAGGCGAUACAUGGACACCCAUAGAUUACCAGAAGAAGGCCGAGGACUGGAUGCGGCCUCUGGAGAAGGGCGAUGAGACUGGUCUCGUCGAGAUACCAGCGUCCUGGUACCUGGACGAUCUGCCACCAAUGAUGUUUAUCAAAAACGCAGCGAACAGCCAUGGGUUUGUCAACCCACGCGACGUCGAGGAUAUCUGGCGUGAUCAAUUCGACUACCUUUACCGAGAGCAUGACGAGUUCAUCUUCCCCAUCACGAUUCACCCGGACGUCUCGGGACACCCGCAAGUGCUGCUGAUGCACGAGAGGCUUAUUGAACACUUUAAGAAGCACGAAGGCGUCGAGUUCGUGACAAUGGAGGAGAUAUGUGACGAUUUCAAGAGCAAGAACCAGCCUGCAGCUGGGGCAAAACUACCCGCUGAGCCAGGAUCCAUUCUCAAGAACUAG